GUGGCGCGAUGGCGGCGCUUUAUGCUUGUACCAAGUGUCACCAACGCUUCCCUUUUGAGGCGCUCAGCCAAGGCCAGCAGCUCUGCAAGGAAUGUCGGAUCGCACAUCCUAUUGUUAAAUGUACUUACUGUCGAACUGAAUUCCAGCAAGAAAGCAAAACCAACACGAUAUGCAAGAAAUGUGCUCACAAUGUGAAACUUUACGGGACGCCAAAACCUUGCCAGUAUUGCAACAUAAUUGCUGCGUUUAUUGGUAACAAGUGCCAGCGUUGUACAAACUCUGAGAAGAAAUACGGGCCUCCACAUUCCUGUGAACAGUGCAAGCAGCAGUGUGCCUUUGACAGGAAAGAUGAUAGGAAAAAAGUGGACGGGAAGCUUCUCUGCUGGCUUUGCACGCUGUCCUAUAAACGAGUUUUGCAGAAAACCAAAGAGCAACGUAAACACCUGAGCAGCUCUUCCCGAGCAAGCUUGCAAGAGAAGGAACAGUAUGGUAGGCUCAGCAGCAGUGGCCAUUAUAACAGCCAGAAGACAUUGUCCACAUCAUCAAUUCAGAAUGAAAUCCCAAAGAAAAAGCCCAUGUUUGAUGCCAUAUCAGCCAAUGGGGACAGUUUUUCUCCAGACCUUGCCUUGGAUUCUCCUGGCACAGACCACUUUGUCAUCAUAGCCCAGCUGAAAGAGGAAGUGGCCAGCCUAAAGAAAAUGCUGCACCAAAAGGAUCAGAUGAUCCUAGAGAAAGAGAAGAAGAUAACUGAGCUGAAGGCUGAUCUGCAGUACCAGGAAUCCCAGAUGCGGGUCAAAAUGAACCAAAUGGAAAAGACUCACAAGGAAGUCACAGAACAAUUGCAGGCCAAGAACAGAGAGCUCCUGAAGCAAGCUGCAGCUUUAUCCAAGGGCAAGAAGCCUGAGAAGCCAGGGGCAAUCACCUCCCCUUAAACGUAACACAGAACCUUUGGGCUGAGAUCUCUGCCAGUUCUAUUGGAAUCUUUCCUGAUCCUAACUUUGAUUGCCAUUGCAACAGACAUGACUGCAAACCUGUUGUGUGUGGCCACUCAGUAGCAUGCUUGAGUGUUGGGUUUUUAAUAACACAAUUCCGUCAUUGCUAUCCAGCAACAAGAGACGCUUCCCACUAUCCCUGUCCCUCCUGGCUCCUAACCCCAAAACACUCUCAAUGUGGACAUUUUUUCAGAAUCGGGUUGAUUAUUGUUGCCAUCUAGCCUGUAAGGAAAUGGAUUGUUUUGGAAACAGGAUCUUUCUGAUAUGCACUCUCGCUUUGUUCUAAGUGUACAUAUGUACGUGCCAUCAAGUCGCAGCUGAUUUACAGCAACCCUAGCAAGGCGAGUGCGAAGCAGAGGUGGUUGGCCAUUGCCGUCCUCUGCAAAGCCUUCCUUGGUGGGCUCCCAUCCAGGUAUUGACCCUGCUUAACUUCCAAGAUCUGACGAGACUGGGCGAUACCAUGCUUGCCUCCCUUCCGAUAUG